AUGACAGUACUGAUGAUAGUGCUGCUUAGCCCACGUAUAACCUCUCCUGCACACAACUUCCAGCUGUCAUCUCGCUAUGGCAGUGCGGUGGAUGGACACUGCGUCUGCGAUGACGAUGACGAGCAUUCUCACGACUUCAGCUUCAGCGAGGAUCUCUCGCUCCAUGAUCACCACGACAUAGACGAAUCUCACCACGACAGUCACCACGAUGACGGUGAUCAUCAUCACCACCACCACGAUGACGGUGAUCAUCACCACCACGAUGACGGUGAUCACCACCACGACAGUCACCACGAGUCCGAAUCAUUCAGCCUUUCAGAAUCAUUCAGCCUUUCAGAAUCAUUUGAGCAUUCUUCAGAGGAACACCACAGUGGUUCACACCACGACUCACAUUUCGACUACUUUGAUUCAUCAGUUUCAUUUUCCGAUGACUUUUCUCCAGAUGACUUUUGGUUUUAUUACAAAAAAUGA